AUGACGGAUCACGGCAUCUUCCCCAACGUCGUCGGCACCAGCUACGGCAUCGGCAAGCAGAUUGGCGAGGGCUCCUUUGGCAUUAUCUUUGAGGGCAUCAACCUGCUCAACCAGCAACAGGUUGCCAUAAAGUUCGAACCGCAUAAGAGCAGAGCUCCUCAACUGCGCAAUGAGUAUUACGCGUACAAGGCUCUCAUAGGCUGUGCGGGGAUUCCUAAUGCCUAUUACUUCGGCCGGGAGGACAUGCAUAACAUUCUGGUCAUCGACCUGCUCGGGCCUAGCUUGGAGGACUUGUUCAACUACUGCAACAGGCAGUUCACAAUCAAAACUGUAGUCAUGGUUGGCAAGCAGAUGUUAUCGAGAGUACAGGCAAUCCACGAGAAGAAUCUGAUCCACCGCGACAUCAAGCCUGAGAACUUCCUCGUUGGCCGGCUGGGAUCUAAGAGCGCCAAUUCGAUCCAUGUUGUGGAUUUCGGUAUGGCUAAGCAGUACCGUGACCCCAAGACGAAGCAACACACCUCGUACCGGGAACGCAAGUCUCUCACGGGUACGGCGCGUUACAUGAGUGCCAAUGCACAUCUCAGACGCGAACAGUCUCGCAGAGACGACCUAGAAGCUCUGGGUUACGUCUUUAUAUACUUCCUCCGAGGUAAUCUUCCAUGGCAAGGUCUCAAGGCUACUACCAAUGAGCAGAAGUACGCGAAGAUCGGCGAAAUGAAGCAAAUGAUUCCCAUCGGAUACAUCUGCAGCGGCUUUCCUAGAGAGUUUAACGAAUACCUCAUCUAUGUGCGUAACCUGGGUUUCGAAGACACGCCUGACUACGAGUACCUACGCGGACUGCUCACGGAAGCGCUCAAAAGCGUUGGAGAAAUUGAGGACGGCGAAUACGACUGGAUGGAUCUUAAUAAUGGACGAGGCCGAGAAGUCAUGAGGGUUAAUUCCUCGGCUGUUCCGCGGGUGCACCACUCCAGCGUCCGCCAGAACACCCCAACCGCAGCCCUCGUUCACAACCAAUCUAAGAAGAGACGCCCACCCACCAGGCAGCACCACUUGCUUGGGCUACUUCCAGAUCGCAUAGCAACGCGGUCCGCACCCGAGAGAAACCGGGACCAAGCAGCGUCGUGCCAGGCUCAGUUCCAGCAUAGCUAA